CGCCCGCGCAUCUUGUUCUGACCUCACUUGCUUGUAGAAGUAAAUCUUCCAUCGCACGAGGCCGAACAGAACUCUAGACGAUCAUUGAACAUGAAGCCAGCUGCGGUCAGCUCAGCAGUAUCACAUGACAGCCUCGAGAUACCGUUGAUCGACUUCUCUGCUUUCUUGACCGGUGACGAGACAACGAAGCGAACAGUCGCUGAGGCAAUUCUGCAUGGCUUUCAAAGAGCAGGUUUCAUAUAUCUGAAGAAUCAUGGAAUACCCAAAGAGAAGGUUCAGGGCGCAUUUGCAGAAUCAGCAAAGUUCUUCAAGCGACCAGAACAACAGAAGUUAGACCUGGGAUGGACAACACCGAAGGCCAAUCGGGGAUACUCACAACCGGGACGCGAGAAGACAACAGAUGCAACGGAUCCAGCAGAAAUCGAGAAGAUCCGAGCAGCGGAGGGCGCCGAUCUCAAGGAGAGCAUGGAAAUUGGUAGGGAAGGCGUGCCGGACUGUCCCAACAAUUGGCCGGACAAGUUCGACGAGGAAGGCAAGGUCUUCAAGCAGAAGAUGUUGGAAUUCCACGAUCUAUGCAAGAAUCUGCACCAAGAGAUCAUGAGAGCCAUCGCGGUGGGCUUGGGGAUCGAUGAGCGAUGGUUCGAUAGCUUUACGGACGGCGGCGACAACACCUUGAGACUGCUCCAUUAUCCUGAAGUGAAGUCAGCAGUUUUCCGGAAAAACAAGAACACUGUCCGAGCCGGUGCUCAUACAGAUUAUGGCAGUAUAACAUGCCUUUUCCAGGACAUGGCGGGAGGCCUGCAAGUGCUGUCUCCCAACGGAAAGUACGUUGAUGCAACGCCAAUCGAAGAUAGCGUGGUGAUCAAUGCUGGGGAUCUGCUUGCUAGAUGGAGCAACGACACGAUCAAGAGCACAAAGCAUCGCGUUGUUGAACCACCGACUUCGGCUGAUACUCAUCCGGCCCGUUACUCGAUUGCCUACUUCUGCAACCCCAACUUCGACCAAUUCAUAGAUGCGAUACCCGGCACAUACGGGGAAAGCAGGGGCAAGAAAUAUGAAGGGAUAAACAGUGGGGAGUAUCUCGAACGUCGGCUGGCCGCGACGUACUGAAUGCAGCGUGCGGAUUUCGUGUUGCAAAUGCGGAUGUCGGAGUUCGUGCGCAGGUAGUUCUACUGUGGGCCGUGAUCGGAGGCGGGCGCGUGACCUGUACGCAGCAAUCAAGAGAGUCACGCGGUUCG